AUGGCCACCUCUUUCCCUCCUCCUCCCGUCAACACUAUUGACUGGGACAACAUUGGCUUCCAAGUUCGCGAGGUCAACGGCCACAUCGAAUCCACCUACUCCAAGAAGACAGGCAAAUGGACCACCCCCGAGUUCGUCACCUCUCCCUACCUCCGCAUCCACGGCAUGGCUCCUGGUCUCAACUACGGCCAGCAAUGCUACGAAGGCCUCAAAGCCUUCCGCAGCCCCGACGACUCUGCCAUCACCAUCUUCCGUCCAGACAUGAAUGCCAAACGCAUGCAACACUCUGCUUCCUUUGUCUCCAUGCCCGAAGUCCCCGUCGAGCACUUUGAAGAGUGCGUCAAGGCUGCCGUCGCUUUGAACACUGAGUUUGUGCCUCCGGCUAGAACGGGUGCUGCCAUGUAUAUUCGCCCUUUGUUGUUUGGAAGCUCGGCACAAUUGGGUUUGAGUCCGCCUGAAGAGUACACUUUUGUGGUUUGGGUCCUGCCUGUGGGUGUCUACCAUGGUGUGCACUCUGUUCCUGCACUUAUCCUUGAGGACUUUGAUCGUGCUGCUCCUCAUGGUACUGGUUCCGCUAAGGUGGGUGGAAACUAUGCUCCUGUACUCAGGUUCAGCGAAAGAGCUAGGAAUGAUGGUUAUGGCAUUACUUUGCACUUGGACAGCAGGACGAGAUCAGAGAUUGACGAGUUCAGUACCUCUGCUUUCUUGGGUGUGAAGAAGGAUGGCGAGAAGAUUACUUUGGUGGUGCCGGAUAGCAAGAAUGUCAUUGAAAGUGUGACGGCAGACAGUGUGUGUCAUAUUGCUCGCAGCUUUGGCUGGACUGUCGAGAAGAGAGCUAUCAACUAUGACGAACUCAAAUCCUUCGACGAGGUCUUUGCCGCAGGCACAGCAGCAGCUCUUGUCCCCAUCAAGAGCAUCACCAUGAAGAGCCGUAACGACACAUUCAACUACCUGGACUCCGACGAACCCGGCCCCGUUUGCCUCAAGCUCUUGGAUAACCUCAAGGGUAUCCAGACUGGUCGCUACGAGGACAAGUUUGGCUGGAACGUCAAGGUUGAGCAGAAGAGCAGAGAGACCUAUGCCAAGAGUGGUGAUGAGAACAAGAACGGCAAUAUUGAUGUUAUGAAUGCUUGA